CCCCGCGGUGGGUCCCGGCCCUGCCUGUCCCCGCCAGGCUGGCAGAGAGUCCGCGCUCGCGGCUGCCGGCGGUGCGGUGGAGCGGACUCAACCUGCGGCUCGGAGGGUACAGGGAGCGCGGACCCACCACCCCUCACCCGGAGCCUGGGGGUUACCCCCGCCGUGGCCUCCUGCCGGUCGCCACCACCCCUAGCCUGUCCUGCUGAGCUUGGCGCCCCAGAGAGGAUUAACACCCAGGGAGGCAGGAAGCUCCCUUUAUCCAAGGAGGUGGCCACUGACACGAGUAGCAGGGCCACAGGGUGGACACUCCUGAUGUCAGAAGUGAGUGGGCAAGCUGACUGACCACAGGCAGUGUCUCAGCAUCAGCAUGAACUCCAGGAUCCCAUCUACUAGGGGCUGGUUCAGCAGCCACCCAACCACCUCUGAGCCUAACCUCGAGCCUUCCACAGAUGGACCAGCCUCUGAAACCACCAUCCUCAGCCCAGAAGCCACCAGCUUUAAUGCCACCAGAAUCCCUGACGUGGCUGGUAGCACAGCCGGCGUGGGCACAAUGCUUCUGUCCUUUGGGAUCAUCACAGUGAUUGGCCUGGCUGUGGCCAUGGUUUUAUACAUCAGGAAGAAGAAGAGGCUGGAGAAGCUACACCACCAGCUCAUGCCCAUGUACAGCUUCGACCCCACGGAGGAACAAGAUGAACUGGAGCAGGAGCUGCUGGAGCACGGGCGGGACGCUGCCUCCGUGCAGGCAGCCAGCUCUGCGCAGGCCCUGCAAGGCAAGACGACUCUCCCCUCCCAGGGUCCCCUACAGAGGCCCAGCCGGCUGGUGUUCACUGACGUAGCCAACGCCAUCCAUGCGUGAGUGGCCCAGGGACAGGCCUGGAUCUCUGAUGAAGACACCUGCCUCCGUGCCCACAAUGCUGCCUGUUCUCAGGACCUGCCCUACCGAGGUCCCAGCUGUUCCGGGGACCCCCUUGCUGACUCUCCAGGCUCUAAGAGAGGCCCCGGCCAGGCUGGGCAUCUGGCCACUGACGUCCCCUGAUGUAAAAGCCCUAGCAUGGAGGGUAUCCCUCCUGUCAGAAAGGUUGAAAGCCACUGCUAGCUUCCUUGUGCCCUGCCCAGACCCUCCCAGCAGGGUCUGCUCCUCUAAAGUGGGGAAGACACGGGAUGGGAGAGGGAGGAGUGCAGGGAGGGUCGUUCCCUCUGUCAGAGAAAGACCUGUCUUUGGAAUCUGGAGUCUCCUCUGGGGUGGGAGAGGUAACCACCCAGGUCUCGGGGGCAAGGUGUGGUGGCAGCCUGGGAUGGAGCUGAAAGUGCCCAGUGGGCAAGGAUAGCAGGAGCCGGGCUGUUCAUACCCAAAGUAGAUCCAUAUUACCGAGUGUCCGUGAGGUCUCCCAACCACCCCUUCCUGGCAGCCAGCUGUUGGUUGGACCCAAGCUAGGAUAGUAGCUGAGGGAGAAGGAAAGCGGGGGAACAGGGGGGACAGAGGCAGCGCCCAGACCUGCUGUAAGCCCUCAUGCGUGUGCAUGAACACGCCCAUGUGCAGACAUGUGCCUGUCCCAGCACAGGGGGCAGGAUGCAGACCCUGUGCAUUGGCUCCACCCUCAAGCCGCCCCGACCCCGGGGUGUGUGGAGGGGCAUAGAGUGGGCCACCUUUUCUGCCUUCAAUAUUCAAUGAGGGCUGUGGUCACAGGCUGUGGGCUAAUGAGGACAUUCUGCCUGCUGGCAACGGGCUGGGAAACAGACCUAAGAAUCCUAGUCUGUCUUUUGAUCCCAUUGUCCACCCAUCCCAUGCGCCUCAGGAAUUCUUCUAGCAGCCUGGGGCAUCUGGCCAAGGCCCUGGGCCAAGCCAGACCCCGAGAGCUGGGAACUUUUUCUAUGCUGGGCGUGCAGCGCACACAAAUAUACACAGAAGCGUGCCCCUUGCCCAGCCUCGCCACCGUCACUGUCCUCCGCUGGUUGGAGGGGACGCGGGGGCAGCGUGUACAAAUCUGUUGGGCAAAUACCACGUGUCAGGAUGUGUGGGCCUAGGUGGCCCACAUGGGGAAGAUUCUGGAUGUAUUCCCUCCUCUUGAUGCUAUAAAUACGUUAUCACUUGAACCGACCGGAGGGCUGCGGGUAAUUUAGGAUGCACAGAAGCUGUAAUUUGACUCACAGAAUCUCCAUGUGAGAGCAUUAAAGAUGUUAUUAAGAUGUUUA